UGUCUGUUUAGACGGAAGGGAGGAAGAGCCAGGAGGAGCCGGAAGUGGAUGCCGGGUGGGCUGCGAGGAGUGACGGUCAGACCGCGAUGGGAGCUGGGUGUCGGUUUCCCCUGAUUUGAUGACCUUUGACUCUGCCCGGGAGGGGGAGACUCUCACCCAACUAUUUUUGGCGGGGGAGGCUUGUAGCAGAUCAGCCCCCCUUGACCCUGAUAGUAGUAACUUUUGGCCCUGAAUCCCUCCCUUUUUCAGGCUGCCCUUUAACCCUUGGCCUAGUCAGGCCAGUUGGUGCCCUUUGACCCUGAGCUCCUCCUCCAGCCUCCCCCCCCGAGAUGCGUUGGAAACUGGGGCUCAGCCUCUUGGGGGCCAGCUCUGUGGGGAGGGUCGUUCCUGCAGCGGCAAGGCCUGCAUGGCAUCCCUGCUGCUCCCACAACUCUGCAGAGAGACCCAAGAACAGGACGCAGGAAGCCAGGGAGCAGCCAACAUCUCUCCGAAAAGAGCAGGAAAACAUGCCUUGCCAAGGAGGUUCAUCGUUAUGGGGAGCAAAUUCUUGCCACACCACAAGCACUUCAGAAUGGACCAUUUCUUGUUCAGGUGUCCAGUCAUUUCCUGUCAUCAUGGGGGCACCCAGGCUCUUGAGAAGCUCCAAGUGUGGGCAUCCCCGUCUGAUUCAUCAGAGUGCAUUGUUCAGAGGCCUCACGGUGGAAGACAUCCAGAAAGCAAGGGAAUCUAGGCUAAAGAGGGGCCAGGAGAGUCUGGGCAAAAUGAGGCAGAAGCUUAGUGAGAGGGCCCGGGAGCAGAAAGUGCCAGUUACACGUGUUGGACGGCUUGCAAAUUUUGGAGGUUUGGCUGUGGGUCUGGGUUUUGGAGCCUUGGUGGAAGUGGCAAAGAACUCCCUUAAUGGGGAGCACAAACCCAAGGAUGGAAGUUUCCUUUUGGAAUCCAACCCCUUCUUGUCAGAGGCUAACGCAGAGCGGAUCGUGGACACCCUCUGCAAGAUGCGUGGGGCGGCCCUUAAGAUUGGCCAGAUGCUAAGCAUUCAAGACAACAGCUUCAUCAGCCCCCAGCUGCAGCGGAUCUUCGAGCGCGUCCGCCAGAGCGCAGAUUUCAUGCCGCCCUCCCAGAUGAUGGAGGUCUUGGUGGAAGAACUGGGCACCAACUGGCGGGACAAAGUGGCCUCCUUCGAGGAAAUUCCCUUUGCAGCCGCCUCCAUCGGGCAGGUGCACCUUGGGGUGCUGAAGGAUGGGACUGAGGUGGCAAUGAAGAUCCAGUAUCCUGGCAUCGCUCAGAGCAUCCGAAGUGAUGUGGACAACCUUCUGUCAGUGCUGAAGAUGACCGUGAUGCUCCCAGAAGGCCUCUUUGCAGACAACACCCUGCAGGUGCUUCAGAAGGAGCUGGGGUGGGAGUGUGACUACCAGCGGGAAGCCGACUGCGCCCGGAAGUUCAGGCACCUUCUGGCAGGAGACCCCUUCUUUGAGGUGCCUGAGGUGCUUGGCGAGUUGUCCACCAAGAGGGUCUUGUCCAUGGAGCUGGCGGGGGGCGUCCCGCUGGACCAGUGCCAAGCGCUCGACCAGGAGCUCCGUAAUGAGAUCUGCUCACACAUCCUUCGCCUUUGCCUCCGGGAGCUCUUUGAAUUCCGCUUCAUGCAGACCGAUCCAAACUGGUCCAAUUUUUUCUAUGACGCCGAGAGACACAAGAUAACCUUGCUGGACUUUGGUGCCUGCCGAGACUUUGGCAAGGAGUUCACUGACCAUUACAUCGAGGUGGUGAGAGCUGCCGCUGAUGGGAACAGAGCCAAAGUGCUCCAGAAAUCAAAAGACCUCAAAUUCAUGACUGGAUUGGAGACCAAGGUUUUUGAAGAUGCACACGUUGACGCGGUGAUGAUCCUGGGGAAGGCUUUCUCCACUCCAGGCACCUUCAACUUCAGCACUCAAAACAUGACCCAAUGCAUCCAGAACCUUAUCCCUGUGAUGCUGAAGCACCGGUUGAGCCCUCCGCCAGAGGAGAGCUACUCCUUGCACCGCAAGAUGGCCGGAUCCUUCCUCAUCUGUGCCCGCCUGGGAGCUGCCAUCCCCUGCCGUGAGAUGUUUGAAGAGGCAUAUGCCCGGUACUCUGCCCAGGAGUGUCUCACUGCAUUUGUGGAUGUGGCCUAGAGGGAGGGGCCUUCUUUUGUUACUCUGGUGGGUGCAUCAAAAGGCUCUGAGAGAGAAGAGUUCUGUUUGUCCUGCUGCUUGGUGGGUCCACGCCUAGGACCCUUUGCAGUGUGUCUGCCGGCAGAUUCUGCUUUACACCAACCGCUUGACUUGACCCAUUCAGCUGUUGGACCCUGGCUUGCCUUUCCUCUUGCCGUCUCGGCUUCUAACGCAGCCAGCUGCGCCAUUCCCCUCCCCUGCCAUGCCCCAUUAGUCACUGGGGCCUCCUUGGGGCAAGGGAGGUAGCAGCAACAGCCAGACCCUGCCCCCUACAGGCCAGGUGCUUUCCUGCACUCCCUGCCUCUGCCUCCAGAAGGGAGGGAGGGAGGGAGGCCAAGAGCCAGCCUUGAGUGUUGUUGGAGAGAGAGAGAGGUCCAGGGCAGAGGGACGGUUCAUCCUCUUGUUGCUACAGCAGCAGAUGAAGCUCCAGGCAGACUUGUGUGGCAAAGUGUGUGUGUGCUGCUAUUACAGGCAUUGCUUUCCUUAGAAAGAGAGGGGCGCCAUCCUUGCCAUGAAAGCAGGGAGGUGCUGAGGACCAGAAGAGCAGGGGGCUGUGCCUUGUAGGCCGAAAGGGGGUACAAGGGAGGAGGGGAAAGCUGAGUUGCCAUUUGGAAUGCUUUUGUGCAGGGAGGGCCUUCCACCCCCUGGAGUACCCGACUCUACAGCAGCCUGGAAAUGGAAUGAUGAUUGGAUGAAAGACCCCACUCUUGCCAAAGAGUUUCCUGCUUCCUCUGUUUUCCUUUCCAGCUCUUUAAUAACUGGGAAAUGAGGGAUCACGGUAUUAUUACAGAUCAUGCUUACUGGCCAUCAGCUUUUCUCUCAAAAAUGAAAACAUCUGACUGAAUAAUGCGACUGAUGAGAGCCAAAAAUGGGAUGGGAGCAGAAGGAAUUAGCCGGCUGGAUCCUCUGAUGUUCAGGGAACAACAGUAGCUACAUAUGAAACAGAAUUUAAUCCAUCAGAAGCACUUGUAACAUUUCUCCCUGCCCUCUUCAGCAAACUUAGGAAGGCUUUUUAUUAUUUUGUAUCUGUUUUUUGGGACUGGGGACUAAGUUCUGAGCUUUGGGAAGAAAAACCAUUAUUUUUUUCCAGGAAUAAAGUUUGUUAGAAGUCUGAUUUACCUUUUUUAAACAUGUUUAUAGGAGAUAAUGCUGAUCUGUUGUAUAAAGGAUUGAUAGGAUUUAUGUCGGCAGCGGCCAGAUCCCUUAUUGGAUGCUUCUGGAGAGACUUGCAGGGUUGAGUCUUGACCUUUGGCACAGGAAACUGUGGAAAAUAGCUUCAUUAGAAAAGAUGACUCAAAGACUGCCUCUGGCGAAAGGAAAAAAGAAAAAAGACAAUUUUGCAGCAACGUGCUGGCCUCUUCCUCUCGCAUACAGCAGAUGCAGACAAUAGUACAUCAGUUACCACCCCCUUUAAAUUGUUCUCAUUCAGAUGAUGUUUGGAUUCAUGGACCAAGUAUUUGUGCAAACGUGUGUCUCUCCGAGGAGCUCAAGGAUGGAGUGAAUGAUACAGGCACUGGGAAAUGCAGGAAAGGGGUUUUUCUCACUUCUGUAUAUGAAGACUGAAUAAAUACAUUUAUGGGGGGGAAAGAAAUAUGUUUUACCCAAGAACACAGUAAAAUACCACCUGUUGAAAAGCACCCACCAGAGCAGCUUUUCCUCUGAUGUGUUGCUGUCCAGCUGUUUUGGACUAAAACUCCCAUGAGCCCCUACAAGCCCAAGCUCAUCGUCUGGUCCAGUGUGACAGAUGCAAUUUGCAGUUCAAAGCAAUUGGAGGGCACCAGGUUGGGAAAAGGCUGACUUUGGAGGCUCUGUAGCCCAGACUUUCCCCCCCCAUCUGCAUUAAGUCGUAGGAGCGUGGUUGGCUCUGACGGUUCCAGAGGAGGUCUGCAGCAGCAUCCCACCCAGGUCUCUUGGCAAAUCCUCCUACUUGCAACUGUCCCUUGUCCAAGCUAAACUUGGGCACAGCAGCCUGGAUCCUGCUUGGCCUCUGCUGCAAUCUCCCCUCCGGUUGUGCUCCCUGGAGGAAGGGCUGCUGCCGCCCUUGCCGUCUGCACUUAGCAGGGGCCUCUGCCUGUUCCUGUCGGCACCUCCUGGAGCUGGUUCUGCCCACAGAGCAAUGAGGACCACAGCAGAAGCUGCCCCGUUUAUGGGGAGGAAGGGGUUUCUUCCCUUAUCCAAGGGGCUACUGCUCCUGUGGACCCCGUGGCUGUUCCUUCCGGUGUGAGUGACUUGGACUGGCUUUGCCCAGUUGCGUUUCUCCACUUUGUCCUUCUCUGAGUUGGUGGAGCAGCUGAAAGCAGGAGCUGUGAGUGAAGACGUUUUUGUGAGAAACCGAGCAAGGGGCCUUCAAACCCACCUGCCCUCUUCCAGCCUCACGUACACCUUCCCUUUCUCUCCUCCCCCCACCUGUAGCAGACAUUAACAAGCCACCUUCCCUUACAGGAUGACUUACAUGCAAAUUACUAAGCAGAUACAGAAAUGGGCAUGGAGACAGGAUCUCUUGGCAAUGUGGUUAUGUAGGCAUUUCUGGGCCCUGCUUUCUGCCCCGUGUCCAACUCCUGCCUCCCCACUUAUCCGUUGCCCCCUGCCUGUGCCCCACCUCCCUGCUUAAUGCAGCGUUCCACACAGUG